AGAAGAAUUCUAUGCUGUUUUCAUAUCCAAUGAUAGGAGGAUGAUUCCACUCUGGAAGCAAAAAUCAGGACACGGAGAUGAGCCUGUUGUCUGGGUGCUUCUGGCUGCUAAACACUCGGCACUCAAAUUCACAGUGUUACUGCAACAGGACUACCAUGUUAUUCUACUUCAUGUUUCCAGUGGGGAGCAGAACUUCAUUUAUGAUCUUGACACAGUGUUGCCGUUUCCCUGUCCUUUUGACAUGUACAGUCUGGAGGCCUUUAGGCUGGAUGACAGCCUUCAUCCAGAAUUUCACAGGAAAAUCAGAAUGAUUCGAGCAGAUUUGUACUUGAAGACGUUUGCUUCAGACAGAUCUCACAUGAAAGAUGCAAAUGGGAAAUGGCAGAAACCUCCUCCUUCAUACCCUUGCAUUGAAACUGCAGACUCCAAGAUGAACUUGGAUGAUUUCAUCAGUAUGAAUCCCAAAGUGGGAUGGGGCUCGGUGUUCCCUCUUCCGGACUUUGUGCAUCGAUUUGGCAGACAGACUGAUUACAGCUAUUCCUUGGAAAGACAAGUGAAGUGAACAAAGAAGUUCUCCCUGCUUCUGUUUUGAGUGGGUGUGUUUUGUUUUGCUGCACUUACAUUGUAUUUAUGGUUUACAUUUCUUUACAUGGAAUAAGUACUUGGGCAAAUAGAAUACCCAGUCAGAAAUAUCACGAACUGAAUAAAACCUUUUAUUUUGAUUAU